GCAGUUGUUUUCAAAGUGUUUUAGAAAGAAUCGCGAAAUCAGUGUUCAAACAUUUUGAUAAAAUUAAAUAAAAUUUAUUUAAUGUUUGGUAAAUAAGAGUCCAGGCUUCAAAAACAGUUCGGUUACUGCGAGUGAGUCAAGCACCCUUCAAAACUGAGUCGAUGAAGGAGGAGGAUCUGCCGAAGAUAACUAUGCUAAAAGCCGCACCGGCUAGAAAAGCCUCUGCUCAGCAGCAGCAGACCCGGACCCUCACCGUGGAAUCGCUCCGCAGGAUUGUGUGUUGUCUGUGUUUCGAAACGAAAGCGGACGUUGCGCGGGUUUCCGCCUUUGGGGCGUUUGCGGAUCAGACCUUUUUGAGUGACAUCGUUCGCACCUGUUUCGGGGUCGAUAUUGAUGAGGAACAGUUUUGUACGGACGUGUGCGAGCAGUGUCUGGUGCAGAUCGAGAUAACGUGGCAGUUCUACAGGAAGGUCAAUGCUAACGCCAGCGCGUUGAAGGAUUUGUAUCGGUAAGAUUUUUUGAGCUUUCAUCUAAGU